CAGUGGUCAGUGUCAAUUCUUCUAACCUUAAAUUUUAAUCUUGAAAAUUCCAUAUGUAAAAAUAUUAAAUAGUUUAAUUCUAAUUAAUGUUUCUAAACAGUUAAAGAUAAUGGUUGCCGCCGAACUCUUACCUCAAGAUAUGAUGGAUACAGAUUUUUUUAAAGAUUUUCAUGGUGCUCAAAUUCUAAAGGAUAUACCAGAUAUCCAGUACACUGCAGCAGAAUGUGAAUAUGAAAGAUUGCACAAUGUUUUCAAACACGCUGAAGAUAUCAGUAUAGCGAAAGGUUUAAUUUAUUUAAAAUAUCUGUAUGAUGUUAUAAAAAGGCAAGUGACAGCGAAAAUUAAAGAUGACAUUCCUUUAGAUGAUGUAGUAUACAAAGCCCUUAUAAAUGCAGUUAAAGAUUAUAAAAAAAAUCAAGUCGUUGAUAAACGUAUCUUUUCAAGACUUCCACAGAGUCAUUUGGAUAAAAUCCAACAGGUAUUGGAAAAUAUCACAGACAGACUGCCAAAUGAUUUUUUUCAAAAAGAUACGAAUCAUAUCUUACCUGGAUCUAAUAGUUAUGACCCUCGCCAAGAAUUUAAAUCAAUCGAUCCAAUAUUCUACAUACCUUUGAAAGAAAACCUUCCCGAAAUUGACGAUUUACAAAAACAAAAGAAAAAGAAUUUUUCGUUGCUUUAUGUGCAUCCAAAAAAACCCACACCAAAUACUACAAAUGAAAACGAGGCUUAUCCCCUGGAGACCAUGUUUGAAUGUUAUAGGGAUGUUAUCCCACAUUAUGAUUAUAGGGAAUUUAAAGCAAUAAUUCACACGGAACUAAAUUCUAACAGAAGUGAUGAUGAACUUAUGGAAUAUUUCUUAGAAACAUUUGGAUAUACAGCAUUUGAUUUCUUGACGGAGAUAAUUAGGCAUCGAAAUAAAAAAAUUGAGUAUGGCUCAGCUAUAUAUGAAAAUGACGGAAGAAGCAGCAAAAAACAUCCAGCUGACAUGAUAGCUGGGCAGGUAACGGUUCAGUCCGAGAAAGAAAGUAUAUUGUCUAAAAAAUUAAGGAAAAUGGAGAAAAAGGACAAGUCCAAAUAUUCUACAGUCGAAGUAAAACAAACAGAAGCGGAGUAUGCAGUGGCUAAAAGUACUCCUAUAUUCAAAAAAGCAGCACUGCAAAAAUUAGAUCCUGAGGAAUUUCCACAUGUCCACGACCAGUUGCGCAAUCACAUGGUUACAACUAAGUACGAUGGGAUUUCAAUUAUGCAGCCUGAAAAUGCUAUUAAAAAAAUAACUUCUGACUAUGCAGAAUUUACGAUACCGGGUGGCAAAAAAGGGGAUGUGCCAGACAUGGAAUUGGUGAAAGUUAGUUCGUUAGACACAACCGGUCAGCUAGUAUUUAGAGACAUAAAAGAGUUUAAUCGAAUCCAAUCGGAAGUUUUUCCCGUUGCAUAUCAUUCUAACGAAAAUAUGCUGGUUUGCGCGCCAACCGGAGCUGGUAAGACCAAUAUAGCACUUCUGUCCAUCGUUCACCAAAUCAAGUGUCACAUGGAGGGUAACCUUAUCAGGAAAAACGAUUUUAAAAUUGUGUAUGUAUGUCCUAUGAAAGCCCUAGCUACGGAGAUGGUGACUAAUUUUUCAAAAAAAUUGUCUCCGAUUGGUAUAACCGUUAAAGAAUGCACGGGAGACAUGCAGUUGACAAAAAAAGAAAUAGAAACGACACAAAUGCUCGUGACUACGCCAGAAAAGUGGGACGUUAUUACUAGAAAAGGAGCAGUCGAUACCGAAGUGGUAGGUUUGGUGAAACUAUUAAUCAUCGACGAAGUCCAUUUACUCAACGGUAGCCGUGGACCUGUGAUAGAAGCGUUGGUAGCCAGAACUCUACGUCAAGUCGUAAGCAGUCAAAGCAUGAUAAGAAUUGUCGCGCUUUCAGCCACGUUGCCGGGAUAUUUAGACGUUGCCACAUUUUUGAAAGUGAACACCCGUACCGGACUCUUCUUUUUCGACAAUCGCUUCAGAUCCGUACCGCUGACGACCAGUUUUAUCGGUUGUAAGAAGAAAAAUGAAAACGAGACUAUGGAUAUGGUUUGUUAUGAAAAAGUUGUCGGCUUCAUUAGGGACGGGCAUCAGGCGAUGGUCUUUGUAACCUCAAGGAAUGCUACUGCUACCGUAGCUAAAAAGUUGAUUGAAAUCGCUCAAGUUAAAGGGACUCUGCCUUUGUUCGAACCGGAAAAGAAUGUCAGUAUCAAUCGUGGAGGGUACAAAAGUGGCGAUUUGAGUUUUCUUGUCCCGCAAGGAUUUGGAAUUCAUCAUGCAGGAAUGGUAAGGUCGGACCGUCUUGAGGUCGAAAGGCUAUUCAGAGUUGGACAUUUAAAGGUAGUUGUGUGUACAACAACGCUUGCUUGGGGGGUCAAUUUACCAGCUCACGCUGUAAUUAUAAGGGGUACAUUGCAUUACGAUGCUACGAAAUCAACAUUUGUGGACAUGGACAUGUUAGACGUACAACAAAUAUUUGGUCGAGCAGGCAGACCGCAAUAUGACACGUCUGGUCACGGUAUUAUCAUAACGUCUAUGGUUAAUAUGUCUAAGUAUAUGGGCUUGAUGACUUCGCAGGUGCCUAUUGAAAGUCAAUUCUUAAAUUGUAUUCCUGACAACCUUAACGCAGAGAUUGUUUUGGGUACUGUUUCCAACGCAAGGGAAGCGAUGGAGUGGUUAGCCAACACAUUUUUGUUUGUUAGAAUUAAGAAGAAUCCCCUUGUGUACGGCUUAACUUUCAAUGAAAUAUGGGAUACAAAACAGUUCAACCAGUUCUUACAGCUACAGUUGGACACCGCUGCUAAAACCCUAGAAAGUUCUCAGAUGAUCAGGUUCGACACGACUUUAGGCGAGCUUCGACCAACGAAUUUUGGCAGGAUCGCCAGUUUUUACUACAUCUCGUACAGAACGAUGGAAUCAUUCUAUGAAAAAUUCGACAGGCAUAUUUCCGAAUCCGGUUUGAUCCAGCUCAUUAGCGAAGCAUCGGAAUUUGCUCAGAUACAAGUUCGAAUGGAUGAGAUUCACGAGUUGGACCGAUUACGUGAAUAUAACGAAUACGAUAUCAAUUUAGACUUUACUUCGCACGUAGCGAAGGUUAUUAUUUUGAUUCAAGCGAACAUAAGUAGGGCUCAGAUAAGAGUUUCUUCCCUAGUAUCCGACUGUCAGUUUAUAAUGCAAACAGUGACGAGGCUGGCACGGGCGCUUUUUGAAAUCGCCAAAGACAAAGACUUUGCCUUGCAAGUAUCGCAAACCUUAAUAAUAGCCCAAAUGCUGGAACAACAGCUAUGGCACCACAUACACCCAUUAAUGCAAUUCAAGGAACUUGUGCCGCAUCUGAGCACCCAUCGCUCUAUGGAAAUCUUAAAUAUGCCAAUGUGGGAACUGAAGGAGUUAUCGGAACGGGAGCUGGAGUCUCUGUUUCGCAGUAAACAUGUGGGAAGUCGUGUCAGGCACUACUGCCAGAUCUUCCCGCACGUAGAGGUAGAUUUAAUCGUUAAACCGAUCACCGAGGGCGUAAUUAGGGUGAGGUUACUGAUAACGCCCAAGUUUAAGUGGGAUCACAGCGUACAUGGAGCCGUUCAACAUUACUACGCCUGGGUUGAGGAUCCCCAGCAUGAUAGUAUAUAUCAUAUGGAAUCGUUCGUUAUAACGAAAAAGAUUUGCGUUUCUGCUGAGCCCGUAGAGUUGUUGUUUACGGUUCCGUUAGCGAAACCGCUUUCUUUGGAAUAUUUCGUGAGAGUGGUCAACAGCCAGUUUCUGCAUUCCGAGACAAUUAGGGUGAUCAACUUGGAAGAUUUGAAAUUAUUUACCAGCGAUUCGUUUCAAACGAAAAUAUUGGACGUACAGCCUUUACCAAAGACCGUACUGCAGAACAAAUCUUAUGAAAAUCUUUAUCCCUUUACACAUUUCAAUACCGUUCAGAGUCAAGUAUUUCACUCGUGUUACUACACCGACACGCCUGUUAUACUUGGGGCGCCUACCGGUUCGGGAAAGACUAUUGUGGCAGAGCUUUGCGUUUUACGGCAGUUUAGACAGGAUCCUAAGCUUAAGGUUGUCUACAUAGCCCCUAUGAAGGCAUUGGUUAGGGAACGGGUACUAGAUUGGUCGAAAAAAUUUGCAAAAAUCUCUAAAAAUGUAGUAGAGGUAACAGGCGACAUAACGCCUCGGUCCGAGAUCAUUCGGUCCGCUAAUAUCAUUAUCACUACUCCAGAAAAAUGGGACGCUAUGAGUAGAAACUGGUUAGAAAAGGAUUUUGUUAAAGACGUUGGUUUGAUGAUCAUCGACGAGAUACAUUUGUUGGGCGAAGACCGAGGUCCAGUUCUAGAAGCUAUCGUUUCUAGAAUGAACUUUAUCAACUUCAAGACGAUGAAGUCUGUAAGAAUCGUGGGCCUUUCGACUGCUAUGGCAAACCCUGGAGAUCUCGCCUAUUGGUUAAGCGCUGAUAAGAGGGGCAUUUUCAAUUUUAGCUCAGCCGUGCGACCCGUACCGCUCGAAAUUCACUUACAGGGCUUCGCUGUAAAACAUUACUGCCCCAGGAUGGCAGCUAUGAAUAAAUCCGUCUAUCAAGCGAUCGGCCAGUACGCACAAGAGAGUUCGGCUUUGAUUUUUGUGUCUUCGCGCAAGCAAACUAGGAUAACGGGUUACGAACUAGUGAAAUUUUUAGUAUCGGACAAUAACCCGCAGAAAUGGAUGCAUUGCGAUCCCCAGGAGUUAGAAACAAUAAAAAUGCGAUUAGUUGACCAAGAUCUGGCCCAGCUGCUCAACUUUGGCAUAGGAAUGCACCACGCCGCAUUAACGGACAACGACAGAAGCAUCAUUGAAAACUUAUACGUUAAUCAGAAGAUUCAGGUGUUGAUAGCAACGGCCACCUUAGCAUGGGGUGUGAAUUUCCCUGCGAGACUGGUGAUUGUUAAAGGUACGGAAUACUUCGACGGCGCGACAAAACGUUACGUCGACAUGCCGAUAACAGAUGUUAUUCAGAUGGUCGGUAGGGCAGGAAGACCUCAGUUCGACAAGACUGGCGUGGCGUGCGUGAUGGUGCAGGAGAACAAGAAAAAUUUCUACAGGAAAUUCUUGUUCGAACCGUUUCCCGUGGAAUCGAAUCUGUUGGAGUUCUUGCCCAAUCACGUGAACGCGGAAGUAGCAAACGGGAAUAUUACGACGAAAGGACAGCUCGUGGAAUUCAUCCAGUCAACGUUCUUUUAUCGGAGACUGCUGGCCAACCCUUCGUAUUAUCAAAUGGAGCCUAAUUCCGAUCCUGACGAGUAUGUGAACGAUCUUGCCGAUUCGGUUAUCGGUACGUUACAGGAGCAUCGGUGCAUAGCGAGCCAAGAAGAGGAAAUGAAAUUUUUGUAUGAAUCAACGUUUUUGGGUACGUUGGCAGCUCAGUACUAUCUGUCGUACAAAACGAUAUAUUUCUUAAGCGAAAAUAUGGAACAAAACAGUUCAAUUGAUGAGCUUUUGUCGUUAAUUUGCCAAGUAGAGGAAUAUCGGUUGCUUCCCGUUAGGCACAAUGAAGACAACAUAAAUAGGGACAUAGUGCGAGAAUUGGGCAUCAAAACCUCAUUUCCGUACGAUUCUCCAUGUUUAAAAGCGUUGUUGAUGAUAAAAUGCUAUUUGCUGGACGUUAACCUGCCAAAUCAAGAAUACGUUUUAGAUUUGAAGUCGGUACUGGAUCAAAUUAUCAGAAUAAUCCACUCCAUGAUGAGCUUGGCAGCGGCUCGCAACUGGCUAGACUGUACCGUUAAAUUAGUAUAUUUUUGCCAGAUGGUAAUUCAAGGAUACAUGGUCAAUGAAUGUAAUAUAAUUAUGCUGCCUUAUAUAAAUGGAGAAAACCUACGUACCCUAAAAGAUAGAUUAAAGAGGACUUCUUUUAAUACUAAUAACUUGUCAAUUCCAUUUUUGAGGUCCGUGAUGGACGAUAAAUCAGCAACUAGUCAACUGUCUAGUAUACUAACAGAUUUGUUAGGAAGUAAAGCGUCCUCGGAAGUAGUGAAAGCGAUAAAUGAUAUGCCAAUAUUGACGGUUAGGACUACGAUUAAAAAUCACCGGAAUAACGAAAUUAUUCCGUGGACGAUGGAUCAAGAUGUGAUAAAUAUUAGGAGUCGACCGGGAACAGAUUGUAUAUUCGACUUAAAUAUAUUUAGGGAGGGUUCUAGUAAAAUGAACGUUAACAGCAAGAAGUUUAAUAAACAGAAAGAGGAAUUCUGGUUUCUCAUAUUUGUCGAACGAGACAACAUGAAUUUUAGGAAGUUUUCAUUUUCAAGGAGGGCCAAAAGGAUUGAUUUACCGGUCCAACUGCCGCCUCAGAGAGGUGUAUUUGAGUAUAAGGUGAUGAUUAUGAGUGACUGUUACAUAGGAUUUGACCAGACGAUUAGUUAUAGAGUGAGACUAGAGUAACGAACGACGUAAUGAAAAAUGCUGGGAUUUGUUGAAAUCUAGAGAAUUUUUUAAAUCAAUUUUAUUUAUAUUUAUUGUGUAAACACUUUACUGUGGAAUUUAUAAUGUGAUAGUUGUUGAUGAAUUUUCACUUCACUAUUUUUAUUUAAUUUUUUUAAAUGCAUCAAAAUA